AUGUUGGCGACAUCUCAACCAAGUCCCAGCUUUCCUCGCCCGUCUCCCUCGUCCACUCCGAUCCCAACGGCGGCGUUCCGACGACCCGGCAGCAAAGAUGGCGACAGACAAGCGAUCUGGGUGCCUAUGCUCAACAGCGCGUCAAAGGGCAAAGAUCUCUCUGAAAAGCAACUCAUCCUCCUCGGCGGCACCCCCGACCAACAGCGCGGAUUCCUCGAACAAUUAAACCCCCCGAACCAGAGAGCCCGGUACGCCAACAACGACAGGCGACGGCAGCCGAGGAUCGCGCCUGUGUCGAACCGCUACGCCCUGGGCUACACCUACCACGAUGUCUUGGACGCAGAUCAGGAAGACGUGCUUGCGAGAAUGAACAUCUACAUGCUGGCGAAUCCCUCUGCGAACUUUGCCCCGCUGCUCAAGCCGCUUUUCACCCCCAAGACUGUCAAAGACACUUUGAUCACCAUCUUACUGGACUGGUCGGACCCAUUGAAGUGGGCGAGGCAGCUACGGCAAUGGAUCCGCCUUUUGAGAAGCGUGAUAUUGACAUUGGACGAGCAGACAAAGAUUGAAAUGGAGGAAAUCAUGACGGCCUGGAAAGAGAAGAGAGUCGGGCCAGAUGCUCCGUCCGCUCAACCCGGGAGCGGUAGCAGUGCAACCGUAGCUGAGCAGAGAUCGAUAGUACCACCGGGACCGGGCGAGUGGGACGAGGGACUAGGCAUUCCGCUGUCCGUGGUUUGUAUACAGGCGGAGAAGAUCCAAGACCUGGAACGAGACCAGGGCUGGGGGGAGGAUCAGUUUGACUUCCUGAUGCAGUGGCUGCGAUGCGUUUUGCUGAAGCACGGAGCCUCGCUCGUCUAUACCGCCACGUUCGACCCGAACAAUGUAAGGACGCUAUUGCAUUCGAGUCUCAGCAUUCAAUCUCUGUUAAAACGGGAGGUGGCGAAACACAACAUCGUCGACAGAGACAAGAUCCUGGUACCGCCCAACUGGGACUCUUGGGGUAAGAUUCGAAUCCUAAAGGAAGGCUUUGACCCCGAGGCCGUGGCGGACGCAUGGUCCGUGGAAAUACAGUUACCUCCCGAGGAGAAAUUCGACCUCUCAUCAAAGAGCUACGGCCAAGAGGUCGAGAGAUCUUCGCAGGACAAUGAGACCGACACGGAAUCGGCUGUGCAACUGUUUGAAAGCACGCUCCGCCGUCCCACCGACAUGCGGCCUUCGUUCCAGCCACGAACGCACGAUGAAUCGGUCUCUGUCCCGUCUGUCCAAGAAUUCCUGCAAGCGCAACAUGAGACGCUCGAGAAGUUGAAAGCGGAAGACGAAAAGGCAGAGAGGAAGUCGCGUAAGGGUGCCCCGGCGCCGACGGGAGCUGGCGCAGGGAGCGUUGACGCAGGGGCUGUGGAAGAAGGGCCCAAGGGGGUUUCCAACCCAAGGAUGGCCGAGCACAUUGGCCCAUAUCAGAUCAACGUGAACGGGAUUGAUUUCGACGCCGAGGAGGCCACCCGAAGACUGCGGGAGCGGGAGAGCGAGCGACAGAAUGCGGCAAAGAACGUGUCUACCAACGCCGGUCAUGCGUCAUCAGGGGUCGUCACGGGGAUAGGUACGAGCACGCCAAUGCGUCGUAUGGGCAGCGACCACGGCGGCGAUGGGGCACAGACGCCGUCUGGCUCGGGCAAGCAGAGCAAUGAAGCCAUGUCGCAGUUCUUUGCCAAUCUGAUCAACAAGAAGGACAAACGGGGCGCCGUGAGCGCCGGUGCUAGUCCCACCAGGGUUCCGGCCGGCAAUAUUGGGUCCAGCCCUGCGACGAGUCGGGGACACGGAGCCGCGACGGGCGAAGAGAGACGACGCGAGUCUUGA